AUGAAAGAUCUUUCGCAUUUCGCCUGGGUCGAGGUUGAUCCUCUUGACUCAUUUAAGGAAUUGAUAAAAUGUGCACCAGGUGGUAUUGAAUUGAUACACGAAUAUAAUGAAACAAAUGGUCUAUCUGCAAUUAAUCGACGAAAAUUAGUUAAUAUUGCUGUAGAUUCAAUGGUUGCUAGAUAUGGAUAUUUUCCAACAUCCGAACAAAAAGUACUUUGUGCCAAGGAAAUUGUCAAAUGUUUUCCAAAAUUAAAAGAUCCAGCAUCUGAAGAAGGAUAUGAAAUAUUCUUUGAUCCCGAAACAAGAAGUGGAUAUAUAUCAUGGAGAUUAAAAACAAUAAAUCGUAAAAGAAAAGGUGAAAAAAGAAGAAUUCAUUUUUUAAAAUCAAAUGUAAGAACAGAACCGGUGACGCAAAAUUUACCGGAAUUAAAUUAUGAGGAUCCAUUAUUGGAACAAGUAUCAUUUCAUGAUUCACAGAGAAUAGAAUUUUUAAAAACAGCCUGCUCAAUUACUCAAAAACACGAAAUUAUUGCGGCAAUGAAAGCAACUUUUCCAUUGAGAUGUGCAUAUAGAAGACAAAUUUUAGAAAAUUUUCCACGAUUUAUUGAUAUUCCUUAUUUAAUAAAUUUGGAUUUUUCCUUAAUGUUUCCAGAAAUGAAUUAUUGUCGACCAGUGAAUACUGAAUUAAUUUUCAAAGCAGCUGAUAUUCUUUUACCACGUAAUAGCAAUAUUAAAACCAACAAAGAAACAGAAUGGGACAUCAUAACAAGGGCCUAUAUAACUUUGAUGAAAUUGAUCCCACCGUCAACAAAAGCUAGGAAAAAAGUUGAACAAGAAAUAAUACUGACUGACAAACUAGUGACAUUUGAAGAGAAUACAACUUCAUUGGAUGAAAUUCCCAUUAUUAAUAAUCAUCCAUAUAUUAUUGCACUUGGCAAAAAUAGAAAUUGCAUCAGUUCAUACUAUAUAUCAAUAAACGGAAAAAUAUUAUUAACAGAUGCAACAAAUUUUACGAUGGCGUUUGAUCAACUAUUCAAAAGUCAUUUGGUAUUUUAUUUCAAAUUUGAUGAAACUCUUUCAACAUUUUACCAAUUUGUCCAAUCAUUCUAUUAUGGAAUCAACACAGGAGUACAAUUUACUCCUCGAAUGAGAGAAAUACGAUCAUUUUUGUCCCAAGAAGAUUAAAGGAAUUUUUUCUUUCAUAAAUAUUUAUAAUAUUAAUAAAUGAAUAUCGAAUAUUCUGUGUGUUGUUGACGGUAUAAUUUAUCAGAACUAUAUUUUAGUUUUUACAAUAUUAAUUUUCUAUUCUUUAUAAUAUAAGUGUAUUUUAUUUUCUUAAUAAUUUAUUCAUUAUAUUAAAUUAUUAUACCCUGUAAAAACGACGAUUUAUGUAUAAUAUUUAAGUAAAUAAAUAAUAUACAUUAUAA